UAAUUGUAAACAUUUGUUGCUCAUUUCGUGCUUGUUAAACUUGUUGCCUAACAUAUGUUUACUUUCUUUCAAAUAGUUUUUGAGCUAAUAUCGAACAUGGGAUCAAAUACAAUGGAUACAACUUCAUCAGGAGACUACUUUGAAAGUUACGAAGAUUUAGACAUUCACAAGUUAAUGUUAGAGGACUCCGUGAGGAACAGAGCGUACAGGAAAGCGAUUUUCGAUAACGUUGAUUCGUUUAAAGGAAAAAUAGUUUUGGACGUGGGCGCCGGCAGCGGAAUAUUAUCUGUAUUUUGUGCACAGGCAGGCGCCUCCAAGGUAUACGCUGUAGAAGCUAGCGAGACAUAUAAAAUAGCUGAAGAAAUCGCAAAGGAAAAUGGUUUUGAGCAUGUGAUCAAGGUGAUUCAUGGCCGUGUUGAGGAUGUCGAACUUGAAGAGAAAGUAGAUGUAAUCGUGUCCGAGUGGAUGGGAUUUUAUCUGCUGCACGAGGGGAUGCUGGAUUCGGUGAUUGUCGCCCGCGAUAAGUUCUUAAGUGCUAACGGCUUGAUGUUUCCCGAUUCAGCAACUCUUUAUGCAGCUCCGUGCAGCGUGCCGAACAUGUUCGAAGAUUGGGAAGAUGUAGAGGGGAUUUCGAUGAAGAGCUUCGCUCAGAAGCUGAGGCAUCAGGCGAGCCAGAAACCGGUGACGGCUAUCAUCAAAUCGGAUCAUAUUUUGGCAAUACCGGAAGCGUUCUGCUGGUUCGAUCUGAAGGAGGUUAAGGUUAGCGAUCUUGAUACGAUUACUGUGAAGCAUAUUUUCGUGUCGACGAAGGCAGCUAGAUACCAGGGAAUUUCGAUCUGGUUCACGUGCACGUUCCCAUCAUCCGUCACCGAGCCAGUUAUCUUGUCCACUGAUCCCGAUGACGAGCCAACUCAUUGGAAGCAAACGACUAUUGUUUUACCGGAAGAAGUAGCGGUGGAAGAAGGUGAACCUGUAGCUGUUGAAGUCAAUCUGAAGAGGACCACGGAGAGCGAGAGAAGAUACAAUAUUGAAGUGACGAUGCUCGAUCCCAAUGAGAUCGAUCAUCCAGAAUACUGUUCCUGUUACAUGACCAAAUGCAUCUUGGCGAAAGCUGUACUAAAGAAAUACGAGAACAACGAGUUCGAUAACUAAUUCAUGUUUUAAUUCACAUUCGCCUCUUUCCCUUGUUUAAUCUUUGUUUUUGCUUCAUCUUCAAGUGUGAUUAAUUUUGUGACCGGUAGCCCUGUUUACAUAAGCUCGAAGUUUUUGUGUAAACAGCUAUUGUGGCCUCGCGGUGUUUGCGCAUGUGAUUAGUGAAGAGCACUUAAUAUGGUAGUAGUCUUUAAGGCCCUCAGGUAAAUAUUUGCUUUGUGCUGUGGCACGUACGACGCGACGAAUCUAAAUUGCGUUCGCGCACAGUAUCUUCACGUUCUCGCAUACUUUCAGGUUUCCUUUUUGUGUUUCUCCGCAUUGUGCUUAACGCAUUCUAAAGUCUAGUUUUAUCUAAAAUACGGUGCAACCCUGAUUUUUAUUUUCUCUCCUUCUUGAAGUGCGGCGCGCAUCGGUCCAGGGUCGGGGAAAUUACUGGCCCUGCCUCGGGCGUACAACCACCUGUCUCGAUGAUGUCUUCAUUUUCUUUACAACUGAAACGAGUUUCGUUCGGAAUCGAUGCUCGUGUGUACAAGCUCGUGUGUGCGAGAGAGAAGGACGGUUGCUACAUCUUUUCAAACGCUCAAUAGAACACCUUUUGAAUAGAACACGCAUUGGAAUAGAGUCAAAAGAAGAAGAAAAAGAAAGGUUAAACCUACCCUAUUACACACACAAAAAAUAUAAAUACAAAUGUACCCAAGGUGUAUACAAUUGUGAAUAUGUGUCAUUACCCUCCUUUAGCAAUACAUGGUUUGUACGUUUUUCAUCCAACCAGACCACCAUUUAUGACGAAAUUCUUUUGUUCAGUUUUGUAUAGUUAAAUACGCUUUCUGAUUUUCAA